AUGAUAGAUAUUGACGUUAUUAAAGAAACUCUUAAAGGAGGCCUGAAGCAAUAUAUGUUUCCAGUGGCAUUGAUUAUGUUUCAAUGUAUUUUUAUUGUAUUAUAUGGUGUACAUGCUGAUUAUGGAUUAAGAACCGACAAAGGUCUUAAUUCAACGGAAACAAUAUCGUCUGAUAGUCUACCUGCUGUUGGUGAUGUUGAAUUUUAUUAUUCAUUUUUUCAAGAUGUUCAUGUGAUGAUGUUUAUUGGUUUUGGUUUUUUAAUGACUUUUCUUCGUCGUUAUUCAUUUUCAUCAGUUUCAUUUAAUUUUUUGAUUGCUGCAUUUGUUGUUGAAUGGGCAAUAUUAGUUCAUGGUUAUGUAUUUGAAUGGAAUACUGUAACAAAAACAUUUCCAGUUAAUGUUAAAAUUCUUCUUCAAGCAGAUUUUGUUUGUGCAGCUAUAUUAAUAUCAUUUGGUGCUGUUCUUGGAAAAACAAAUCCAGCUCAAUUAGUUAUACUUGCAUUAAUUGAAGUUGUUAUUCAAGUUUGGAAUGAAUAUAUUGGCACGACGAUUUUCUGUGUUUAUGAUGCUGGAGAAUCAAUAUUUGUUCAUGUAUUUGGUGCUUAUUUUGGCUUAGCUGCAUCAUAUGCUCUUCAACAUCGACGAGAAGUUCAAUCGGAAAAAGAAAGUUCAAGUUAUGCAUCUGAUAUAUUUUCAAUGAUUGGUACAUUAUUUUUAUUUUGUUUUUGGCCAUCAUUUAAUGCAGGUACAGCAUAUGGAGAUGGAAGAUUACGUGCUAUUGUUAAUACAUAUGUUAGUAUAAGUGCAUCAGUUAUAUUAACAUUUUGUAUAUCAGCACUCGUUGGAAAAGGUAAAAAAGAAAUAAUUCAUAUACAAAAUGCAACAUUAGCUGGUGGUGUUGCUGUUGGAACUGUAGCUGAUAAAAAUAUUGGAAUAUUUGGAGCUAUGAUUAUUGGAAGUAUUGCUGGAGCUGUAUCAACAUUAGGUUAUAAAUAUUUACUUGAGCUAUUAAAAAAAAUUCGUAUUCAUGAUACAUGUGGUGUUCAUAAUUUACAUGGAAUGCCAGGAGUUAUAGCAGGUUUAUCUGGUAUUGUUGUUGCUAGUAUGCCUUGGAAAUCAGUUUAUCAUGAAAAUUUAACAUGGAAAUGUUUAUCAGGAGGUGUACAUAGAUCAGCUGCAGUUCAAGCUGGAUAUCAAUGUGCUGGUCUUAUAUUAACAUUAGGUAUGGCCAUUGUUGGAGGACUUUUUACUGGAAUUCUUCUUCGUUUACCAAUAUUUUCUACGCCAGAUAAUGAUUCUUACUUUGAUGAUAGUCUUAAUUGGCAUGUUCCACAAGAUUUCGUUGCUGAAGAUUCAGCAUUAGGUUCUUUAAUUAAAAAUCUUUUACCAAAUCAAAUGCAACUUGAAGAAAAUCCUAAAGAGGCUACAUUGAUUACACAAACGAAUAAUCCAAAUACAAUUGAAGUUAUACAAGAGAUAACACCUCGACAAUCAAUUCAUACAGUAUCUCAACAUUCAAUUGAAUCAUCAUCUUUACAUUUAUCAGAAUCAAAACUUGAUCAAAAUAAAGCAACAUCGCCUGUUUUGUUUACUCAACGAUUAUAA